AUCGGAGCAGACUCUCUCUGGAAUCGGAGCAGACUCGUUCUUCGUCACCAUUGUCAUCACCAACAGCCAUGUCUGGCAUGCAGAAAUAUUUCAAGCUGGGAUUGAUGUCAGCCUCUAUGAGUUUGCCCAUGGAAAUCAUGAUGGAGAUCUUUGCAAGACUACCUGUCCAAACACUCGGGUGUUGCAGGUGUGUUUGCAAGUCAUGGCACUCUUUAGUUGCCGAACCUUUCUUCAUCAACAAGCAUCUUCUUCAUCGUUCAAUCAGUGACAGAGAUAAUAGCAGCAGCAGCCAUGUAAUCCUCCAAUGUGGACAUCGAAAGUCUAGGAGUUUUUUCUACUAUAGCCUAUGCUGCUUGGAAACAUUGGCCAAGACCAAGAGAUAUCAAUUUCCAGACUUGACCAAAUACGGGAAGUAUUUCAGUCGUUUCAGGCUUGUGGGUUCUUCUAAUGGGUUAUUGUGCCUCUUGGAUUUGAACAUAGUCCUUCCGGAUAAAUUCUGUGAUGUAGUUCUAUGGAACCCUUCAAUUGGUAAAUUCAAGAUGCUCCCAACAUCCCAGAUCGAAAGUUGUCCUAUUGAUAAGGCUCUCGGAUUUGGCUUUGUUCCUCAUUAAUGAUUACAAGGUGGUGCGACUUGUAUACGGAUUA